AUGUGUGCGAAUAUUACAGUUGAAUGGUUGGAAAAUCCAAGAAUUUGGCUUAAAGUGUCUUUACCGAUUCGAUGUUUCUUCAACACAAAAAAUCUACAAACUUCAUUACCUUACAAGGUCACCUCUGCUGUUUUAGAAAGACAUAACUUCAUCAAACUUGACACAAUUUGUGUCUUUCCCACUAAUCCUUAUUUGCGUCUUGAACAAACAAAUCAAAACCUUAAACGACAGAUUUGCUACACAGAACUCUACCAAGGCGUGAACAAUUUGCCGAUUUGUUGUUUUAGUUUCAGAUUAACGAAACUCAGAGAAUAUUCUUGUGAAUCAUUUCUACAAUGUUCUGUUGCUGUUCAUCAUCCAAUUGAAGAGAUUUUAUUCGGAAUUGUUGAAGAUGUUUCUUUCAGACAUUUUGCCAUCCUUUUCGUUUUAUUUUUGUAG